AGGGGGGAGGUUUGGAGCAGCCUGGACUCGCGGUGUCUCACAGCGUUUCUCCGACAGGAAUGAGCCAAACACUUUCUAAGAUUUUCUUAAAAAGCACCUCAGUUUGUGGAGACGAAUAAGAAAAAGAACCAGAGCUCUAGGUGAAUUGUGUCAGAGUCUUUAAGUCUACUUUAGGACAGUUUUCGUCGGCGAGGACACUUGGUUUCAUCGCGAACGGAACCUUUUUGGGAUAAAGGGACGAAAGAAAAGCGCCGCUCUCUCCAGGUUAGCCCGGUAGGAUAAAAGAAGCUCGUCGCCAAGGAAAACAGACCCCGUUGUUAAAAAAGUGAUUUAAAUUGGCUUUAUUUAGCAAGUUUUCCCCCGCUCUGUUGCUUAUCUGGCUCUUUCGGGGGUGGAGGGGGACGCACAUUCUUUUCUUCUCCCCGUUAAGUUUGGCAAAAGUAUGCGCAAACUUGUUAGCUAGGCGCCGAGUGACCGGAGUACGUGAGCUGCACACGUUUAUGUCUGGAUUUACUGUUUUCCUCAAGUUUCGUUGCAUCAGAUUUCAGCCCAGCACGGAGUGUUUCACCGGCCCAGUCUGAAGGCGAGCACUGCGAAUGAGCCACUGCUGAUGCCCCAAAGGUCUGAAUGGAGUUCAAGUCGCAGCGGAGCCUUAAGUUGUAGCUCCCUCAGCAGAAUGCUGAUGAGGCAAAGUGUACUUCUGAUCCUGGCUGUAUUUGCCCAAGUUUUAAAGACCCAGUGUCGACCGGCCAACACCGAUGAAGUGCUUGUGGAAACGCAAGCAGAGCUGUUCACGCGGUACCCCGGAGAUCGUCUGGAGCUGAGUUGCUCUGCCAAGGAGCAGCUCCACGCCGUCAACUGGACCAAAGACCACGUGGCCGUAGCGGACGGGGAGCACACGCGCAUCCGCAACGGCCAGUUGGAGAUUGAGACCGUGGAGUUGACGGACUCCGGUCUGUACGCGUGCACCACCUUCGGCAACCACAGCGUCUAUUUUAACGUCACAGUUGAUACCCUGGCCUCGUCGGAGGACGACGAUGAAGACGAGGAGUCCUCAUCCGAGGAAGCCAAACUGCUGGGCAGUCAGAAACUGCUGCCAAUGGCUCCACAAUGGGCUCACCCAGAAAAAAUGGAGAAAAAGCUUCACGCUGUCCCGGCCAGUAAGACGGUGAAGUUCCGAUGCCAGGCCAGCGGCAAUCCAACCCCUACUCUGAAAUGGUUCAAAAACGGCAAGGAGUUCAAGAGAGACCAUCGUAUUGGAGGCUUCAAGGUCCGGGACCACGUGUGGACCAUCAUCAUGGAGUCUGUAGUCCCCUCUGACAAGGGAAACUACACCUGCGUGGUGGAAAACCAGUACGGCAGCAUCAACCACACCUACCAGCUCGAUGUAGUCGAGCGCUCUCCCCACAGGCCGAUCCUGCAGGCGGGUCUGCCGGCCAAUCGCACCGUGCCCGUGGGAAGCGACGUGGAGUUCGAGUGCAAGGUGUUCAGUGACCCUCAGCCUCACAUACAGUGGCUGAAGCACAUCGAGGUCAACGGGAGCCGCGUGGGUCCCGAUGGUUUGCCGUACGUCCGUGUCCUUAAGCAUUCUGGGGUCAAUAGCUUGGACGCUCAGGUGCUGACCCUCUACAAUGUGACCGAGGAGGAGAGCGGAGAAUAUAUAUGUAAAGUUUCCAAUUAUAUAGGAGAGGCCAAUCAGUCGGCCUGGCUGACUGUCACCAAAUAUAAGCCCACAGCCGUCACGCACUACCCGCCGGCCAGCCACACGUACCUGGAGGUGGUGAUCUACUGCGUGGGCUUCUUCUUCAUCGCCGUCAUGAUCGCCAUCGCCGUCAUCGUCAAGAUCCGCACGUCGUCCAAGAAGAGCGACUUCAACAGUCAGCUGGCCGUGCACAAGCUGGCCAAGAGCAUCCCGCUGCGCAGACAGGUAACAGUGUCCGUGGACUCGAGUGCCUCCAUCCACUCCGGAGUGAUGCUGGUUCGCCCCUCCCGCCUCUCCUCGAGUGGAUCUCCGAUGCUGUCGGGGGUGUCGGAGUACGAACUGCCCCAGGAUCCUCGCUGGGAGUUUUCUCGCAGCAGACUCGUCCUCGGGAAGCCCCUUGGUGAAGGCUGCUUCGGUCAGGUGGUGAUGGGGGAGGUGCUGGGUCUUGACAAGGAGAAGCCAAACCGUGUGACCAAGGUUGCCGUCAAAAUGUUGAAAUCUGAUGCCACAGAGAAAGACCUGUCAGACCUGAUCUCAGAGAUGGAGAUGAUGAAGAUCAUUGGGAAGCACAAGAACAUCAUUAAUCUGCUGGGAGCCUGCACACAGGACGGUCCCCUGUAUGUGAUCGUGGAAUACGCAUCCAAGGGGAACCUGCGCGAGUACUUGAGAGCUCGGCGGCCCCCGGGCAUGGAGUACUGCUACAACCCAGACCAGGUCCCUGUGGAGAACAUGUCCAUCAAAGACCUGGUGUCCUGUGCUUACCAAGUGGCUCGAGGCAUGGAGUAUUUGGCUUCUAAAAAGUGCAUCCACAGAGACCUCGCCGCCCGCAACGUCCUGGUGACCGAGGACAGCGUGAUGAAAAUAGCCGACUUCGGCCUCGCGAGAGACAUUCACCACAUCGAUUACUAUAAGAAGACGACCAAUGGUCGCUUGCCAGUCAAGUGGAUGGCCCCCGAGGCUCUGUUUGACCGGAUAUACACGCACCAAAGUGAUGUCUGGUCGUUCGGGGUGCUGCUUUGGGAGAUCUUCACCCUGGGAGGCUCGCCGUACCCCGGCGUCCCCGUGGAGGAGCUGUUCAAGCUGCUGAAGGAGGGUCACCGCAUGGACAAGCCGUCGACGUGCACACACGAGCUGUAUAUGAUGAUGAGGGACUGCUGGCACGCCGUGCCUUCACACAGACCCACAUUCAAACAGCUGGUAGAGGAUCUAGAUCGCUGUCUGGCCAUGACUUCCAACCAGGAGUAUUUGGAGCUCUCCGUGCCUCUGGACCAAUACUCCCCCAGUUACCCCGACACCCGCAGCUCCACCUGCUCCUCCGGCGAGGACUCGGUCUUCUGCCACGACGCCGGCGCCGAGGAGCCGUGCCUGCCAAAGUUCCCCCCCCACUCCAACGGGGCAGCUAUUAAGAAACGCUGAUACCUCAUCUCUCCGCUCAGACAAACUUUUGACAUUUCCUUUUGCUCCCUGCCUCGCGGGGUAGGACUCUUUACCCCCUAACCCCCACCCGGUAUUCCCAGAGAUGAAGCUAUAACAAAAAAACAAAAAAAAACACUCUGCGAGGAAGGAGCUGGGAGUCACCUCGCGUGGACUGAAGAGUGCCGCGUUUUUUUUCCCGGGUUCGCGGCGGUGACGGGUGUUAAUGGGGCACUUUGUAUUAACGGGGAGGAGGCGAUUGGUCGCGGCGUCGCAGGAACGCUUCACUUUGGUCAUUCCGUGGUCUGGACCCACUGUGAUUAUGUUUUUUUGUUUUUUUGCCGUCAUUAGUGGAGGACAACGUUCCGCUUUCUACACCAAACCCAGACACUAAAGAGCAUCAUUCAUUCAUUCAUUCAUUCUCUUCUUGUAAAUACAGUUAGAAAAUUAUAAAUAUGAAUAUAUAUUUACACUGUACUCUUAUUUUUUAAUACCAUAAUUGAUUUAUUUUCUUUUCUACAAGGUUUGUUUUCGACCCGUUAUUGAAUGUAGUCGUCAGUAGGGGCAGUUGUUACAUGAUUUAAAAAAAAAAAAAGAAAAGAAAAAAGAAGUUGCUGAGGAUUACACGGCCAGUCGUCAAUGGAUUUAAAAAAAUAUGUGGUUUUUUUUUUUUAUUUUUAUUAACUGUACAUGCCUUUUAUGACACCAACUGCAAUACAGUGUAGCUCAGUGUUUGGGUGUCUCUCCAUAAAGAGAUGGAUUUAUAAA